AUGUGCCUGCUUCUUUCCCGCUACCAAUUCAAGGGAACUUUAACACUAUUUAAAUCCCACCAUAAGCUCCCCGUCAUAAUCAUAUCCCACCGUUCAUUUCGAUCAUCAUCAGAAACUUAUUCUCAACUCAUCGAAACUUACGGUCGUGAUCAAGCAUUAGAGCAAGGAAAAAAACUCCACGCCCAUCUCAUCAUUAAUGGUUUAGCUCGUUUGACCCAUUUUGCAGCCAAACUCAUUUCUUUCUAUGCAGAAACCAAGCAGUUAUUGGACGCUCGCAAACUGUUCGACCAAAUUCCCGACUCAAAUAUCCGCCGUUGGAUUGUGCUAAUUGGGGCCUAUUCUCGUCGUGGGUUUUAUCAAGAAGCUUUGAAUGUUUUCUCUGAAAUGCAAAAACAGGGUUUAGGACCCAAUAAGUUUGUUAUUCCUAGUGUACUCAAGUGUUGUGGUCAUGUGUAUGAUGUGCAAACUGGGAGCAUUUUGCACUCUGUGAUUUUGAGGUAUUCCAUUGAUUCGGAUGUUUAUGUCAUUAGUUCAUUGAUUGAUAUGUACUCUAAAUGUGGAGAAGUUGAAAAGGGGCGGCGAGUGUUUGAUAAGAUGGUGGAGAAAGACUUGGUGGCUUUGAAUGCCAUGCUUUCAGGUUAUGUUCAACAUGGUUUUGCUAAAGAAGGAUUUGCUUUGAUGAAGCAAAUGGAAAAAUUGGGUAUUAAGCCUAAUCUAAUAACUUGGAAUAGCUUAAUUUCGGGGUUUGCACAAAAGGGUGACGGUGCAAUGGUUUCAAAGACGUUUGAAUUGAUGAUGAGUAACGGAGUAGAGCCUGAUGUGGUUUCUUGGACAUCGGUUAUAUCAGGGUUAGUGCAAAAUUUUCGUAAUGAGGCAGCUCUUGAUACGUUUAAAUGGAUGUUGGGACGGGGGUUUUAUCCAACCUCUGCUACAAUUAGUACUGUUUUGGCUGCUUGUGCGACUGUGGCUAAUGUAAGGCGUGGGAGGGAGGCACAUGGCUAUGCAGUGGUGAUUGGAGUUGAAGAUGAUAUUUAUGUAAGAAGUGCUCUUGUUGACAUGUAUGCCAAAUGCGGUUUUAUAUCUGAAGCAAAGAUGCUAUUUUAUAGGAUGCCUGAGAGGAAUACAGUUACUUGGAAUUCAAUGAUUUUUGGGUUUGCGAAUCAUGGUUAUUGUGAUGCAGCAAUUGAGCUUUUUAAUCAAAUGGAGAAAUCAGAAGGAAAGAAGCUUGAUCACUUGACUUUCACAGCUGUCCUCACUGCUUGUAGUCAUGCUGGAAUGGUUGGACAUGGACAAAGUUUGUUUCGCUUGAUGCAACAGAAGUACAAGAUUGUUCCAAGAUUAGAGCAUUAUGCAUGCAUGGUGGAUCUUCUUGGUAGGGCUGGAAAUCUUAAUGAGGCUUAUGAUAUGAUUAAGACGAUGCCUGUUGAGCCUGAUUUAUUCGUAUGGGGAGCACUAUUGGGGGCAUGUAGGAAUCAUGGGUAUAUUGGUCUUGCUGAGAUAGCAGCUAGGCAUUUGGCUGAGCUUGAACCUGGGAAUGCCGGCAACAAUAUGCUUGUGUCAAAUUUAUAUGCUGAUGCUGGCAGUUGGGAGAAUGUAUCGAGGUCUAAGAAGAUGCUGAAGAGAAAAAGGCUGAAAAAGCUUCCUGGGUGCAGUUGGAUAGAGGCAGCCAGCUGA